ACAGCCGGUCGGCCAGACGCACGCGGUCAGCAUUCGGCCUGCCCUGCCCGGCGUAGCCUGGCGUAGCGUAGCCUGGCGUAGCCCGGCGUUGCCCCCGAGUCGCUUCUCCGGCCACACACCUCGCGGCUUCGCGCUUCGUAUCGCCGAGGCUUCGCGGAACCGCGUCCCCGCGUUCUGGCCCUCCCUCCCCGUGGCCGUCCGCCCCCAUGCGCCGGAAGUUCGAGCGCGUCUGCUUCAAGUUGGUCAAGUCGACCCUCAGCACGCUCCGCGGCUACCUGCACAAGUAGUGCCCCACGGCCCCCGCGGCCCCGCCCCGCAGCCAUGGACACCGUCAGGCUGGCGUCGUCGCAGCAAGUGCAGGUGGUGCCGGCGGCCGCGUCCAGGGCCUCCCCUGUGGACGAUGCGCCGCCCAACGCCAAGAAGUGCACCAUCAGUAACCUGGUGAAGCGGCCGCCCGUCAACAUCGAGUUCCACGACCUCAAGUUCACGACGCACACCUCGACUGGAGAGCCGCGGAACAUCCUCAACUCCAUCUCGGGCCGCUUCCUGUCCGGGGAGCUGUCCUGCAUCAUCGGGCCGUCCGGCGCGGGCAAGACCACCCUCAUGAACGUCCUCAUCGGCUACCUAAACUCGGGGCUGACGGGCACCAUCCAGACCAACGGGCUGCCCCGCAACCUGCGCCUCUUCCACAAGCUCAGCUGCUACAUCAUGCAGGACGACCUGCUGCAGCCCAGGAUCACCGCCCUCGAGGCCAUGACCGUCGCCGCCGAGCUCAAGCUGGGCACCGAGGUGUCCAAGAGACAGAAGCAGCUCGCGGUGGACGAGAUCAUGGAAACGCUGGGGCUGACGCCGUGCAGGAACACCCGCACGGAAAGACUGUCCGGAGGGCAGAGGAAGCGGCUCGCGGUCGCGCUGGAGCUGGUCAACAACCCCCCGGUCAUCUUCCUGGACGAGCCCACCACCGGCCUGGACAUCGUGGCCAUGAAGCACCUGGUGGAGGUGCUGCAGCUGCUGGCGCGCGGCGGCCGCACCGUGGUGGCCACCAUCCACCAGCCAUCCGCCUCGCUGUUCCAGCAGUUCGACCACGUGUACGUGCUGUGCGGCGGCAACUGCGUCUACCAGGGCGCCGCGCACCAGCUCGUCCCCUUCCUCGAGAGCAGCGACAUGAACUGCCCCAAGCACUACAACCCCGCUGACUUCGUGCUGGAGUGCUUAACGCCGGACAACGUCAAGACCAUGACGGCCAACAUCUCCAACGGCAAGCUCUGCAAGACCAGCAGCGAGCCCGCCAAGCACGUCUCGAGCUACCGCCAGGGAGGCUCGUCCAACAGCCUGAUGGACGCGCACCACGCGCACGCCGCCGCCCUCACCGAGACCGAGUUCGCGACCACCUUCUGGACGCAGCUCAUGGUGCUGUCCCGGAGGAUGUUCGUGCAGAGCUGGCGCAACAAGAUCGGGCUGGCCAUCCAGAUGAUGCACGCCAUCACCUCGGCCGUCUUCCUGGGCGGCAUCUUCCUCAACGUCGGCGACAACGUCACCCGGCCCUUCGAGAACUUCAAGUUUUGCAUCGGCGUCCUCGUGUACUUCAUGUUCACCCACUUCAUGGUCCCCAUUCUAUUGUACCCGUCCGACCUGCUCAUCAUGAAGCGCGAGUUCUUCAACAGGUGGUACGGCCUCAAGUCGUACUACAUCGCCCUGACCGUGUCAACGCUGCCCUACCAGUGGCUGUGCGGCGUGGUCUUCGCCACCAUCUGCUACCUGCUGUCCGGCCAGCCCAUGGUGUGGAGUCGCUACGCCUGGUUCCUGGGCACGAGCCUCGUCACCGGCAUGUGCUCCGAGGGCUACGGCCUCGUCCUCGGCACCCUCUUCAGCGUCACGAAUGGCUCCACCAUGGGCACGUUCUCGCUGGCGCCCAUGCUGGUCCUGGCCGUGUACGGCAUGGGCUACGGCAAGGAGGUGGAGCCCGUCUACGCCUACCUCAUGCAGCUCAGCUACCUCCGCUUCGGCCUCGUGGGCAUCGCGCUGUCGCUGUACUCCAACGACCGGCCGCCCAUGCACUGCGACGAGAACAAGGUGCCCUACUGCCACUACAGCAACCCCAAGCUCCUGCUCAGGGACCUGGGCAUGGAGGGGCUCAGCAACCACGUGCAGAUCCUCAACCUGCUGGUGUACCUGGUACUGUUCCGCGCGACGGCCUACCUGGCGCUGCGGUACCGCCUCACGGUGGGGCUGUCCGACCGGCUGCGCAACUACGUCCGAAAGAUCCUGCGCCACAAGUAGAGCCACGCGCCAAUUCUCAUACUGUACAUAACGAAACGUACCUGAAACGCCGCAGCGCGCCGGGUGAGCGGGCGACGGCCCGGCCUCGGCCCGGGCGCCGCGCGUCAAGAGAUUCAGCGAAACGACGACGAGAACGUCCUGGAGUUCGAAUCGAGUCCACAAACUACUCUGGAGUUGGAGGAGGGGGCGCGUUGUGCACUCCUGUGCGAGUGCUCCUGCACAUUGGAAGCAUUUGCACUCUUUCAUGCAAAUUUUCACAGGAAUGUGCACGAAAGUAAUCAUACAUAUAGUGUUCGCGCAACAGCUGCUACGCAAGAGCUUCUACGCAAGUGUUUCUGUGCACAGCAGAAGCGCGUUUCCUUGUCUUCAUGUCACUUCUCUGGCCUCUGGAAUGCCUUCUUGAAUGCCUUCUUUCUGGACCGACCAGUGCACUGCAGUGUGUCUGUGUGCACACAUGUGCGCGUGGUGGUAUCGGUGCUGGUGGCGAAGAACUGGACGGACUUCUUGCCCAUCCCGCCCGGACGACUUGUGAUAUGUUAUUGCCGACGAAUAACCCUGCACGAUAAGUAUUUAUUUCCCCUUGUUUUGAUGACCCGUUGGUGAGAGAGUUCUUCCUCCCGCUCUGUGUGUCGACUACGCUAAAAUUCUCUCUGAGUGCCUGUAAGUGAAUCCAUGUCAUGUGUGUAUGCGUGUGUGUUUGUGUGUGUGUGGUAAUGUGUGUCUAUAAUUAUCAGAACGAAUGAGAUCGUCAGAAUAAGUGGAAGCCAUAAUUGUCAUAUUUUAAGUUUGUGUGAUACCAUCUGUGAUUAAGUGUAAUGCAAAGAGCAAAUCCAUGCUGCCCGGUGAUGUUUCUCGCAUGAUUAUUCAAUUGUAAAAAUUAAAAUGUAAAAAAAAUACAAGCAUUUGCUCAGCGAAGAAAUGAACCGUGUCGGGUGCCCGAGAGGAGACAGGGUGUAAAGAAAAGUAAUGAGGUCGCCUCAUGUAAAUAUAGUUAAUAUGAUGUCCUGCUCAAUCUAGCCUCGUAGACUUCAAAUAGUUGUAAUUUAUGAAUAAAUUCAAGUUUUUCUUCA